AUGAUCACUCUUCCAGUCCGUGCUGGCUCGGUGACUCUUGAAACGGAAUUCGUGGUAGUCGACGUCCCUAGCCCUUACAACGCAAUUGUCGGGUGCACCUGGCUGCAUAAGCUUAAGGCGAUUGCCUCCACCUAUCACCAAGUGGUCCGUUUCAUUGGUACUCAUGGGCACCAGAAAGACUUGUACAGAGAUCAAACUGUGGCAAAGAAGUGCUACGUCAAUGCCGUCCAAAGUAACAAACAGGCCUCCCGGGUUAAUCUCAUUGAAGCCCCCGAGGCCCCAAUUUUGGAGGACGUCGGUAAACCCGCCGAUGACAAAACCAUAAAAGACGUGGCCACCAUCCUAAUAACCGAAGACGGUUCCCGCUUCUUCCUUAUGCCCGGGGUCGACCCCUCCUUCAUUUGCCACGAACUCAACAUCGACCGAGCCAAACGCCCAGUUUUACAAAAAGCACGACGGUCCUCUCCUCUUCAUUCCGAGGCCGUUAUUGAAGAAGUCAACCGACUUCUGAACGCAGGGGCAAUUAGAGAAGUCCAGUACCCCAAGUGGCUGGCCAACACUGUCGUAGUUAAGAAAAUGAAUGGCAAAUGGCGGGUCUGCAUCGAUUACUCAAACCUCAACGACGCCUGCCCAAAGGACUUCUUUCCCCUUCCUUGUAUCGACCCGUUCGUCGACGCCACCUCCGGACACGAGCGACUCAGCUUCUUGGAUGCCUACUGA